AUGCUGGAAAUUAAGGUAGAUACUGCAGCGGUGGGGGCGAGAAACAGGAGCCAAAUUGUGGACGACAGAAAAAUGGAUAUAAAAAAUCCUUUCGCACCGAAGGAGAUAUACGGAUGCGAAACAUUAUGGAGAGGUUUUGGAAAUUAUAUAGCAAGACUAGAACAGUACCAACGUUCUCUGAAAUAUUAUGAUCGGGCUGUAGAAAAGAAUCCUGACGAUAUGAAAACGCUUAUCGAUAGAUCCAAAGCUCGUUCGAAAGCUUGCCAAUAUAAAGGAGCUCUGGAGGAUUUAAAAAAAGUCCUUAGUACCGAAGGUGAUAAUUUGAUAGGUCUAGCACAGAAAUCGGAAACUACAUUCCUCAACUGCGAAUUCGAAGAUGCCCUGGUGCAAAAUUUUCGGCUAUUACCUAUCAGAAAAAAACCUGAUGAUUUCUUCUUGGGUAUCAUGAAAUGUUCUUCUACAAUCGAACAAUGUUUAGGGGAAUCAGCAGGUAAACCGAUGCGUGAUCAUUUCAUAAUAAUAAGAAAACUGGCAUGGAAACGAGUGCUAGAUGCCGGUAGAGAUACUGGACCGAUUCCCAGAAAUAAGAAAAUUGUAAAAAAGAAAACUCGUACUAGAAAAUCUACCAGGAAACUGGGAGAUCAAGUCGAGGAACAUCUAAGAUUACGGGAUACUCUCGAUAGUCAACAAUCGUUGAAAUACGUGAUCCCACCUUUGAAUCAACCAUUUCAAUUCAGUCCUUUGCAAAGAUAUACGAAAAAUAUCGAAAAUUUUAUGGCAGAAAAAUAUUUGGACGCUAUGUAUUUGGAGAAGAUAUUUUGUAAGAAAAUGAAACAGGGUACUCCAGGUAUGUGUAUUGCGAACGAAGCCGGUAAUGAACGCCUGAAGAAAAUUGCCAAAGAAACGUAUUCAUAUAUAGCCAAUAAACAAGAAUUAUUGAGGAUUAGGCGACCGUUUUACUUUAUUAAGUAUCAAGAAGCGAGAAUAUCAGGUACACUGAAGUCUAGACAGUAUGCAGAGCUACUACUACAUCAACAAAAUUAUAGAAAAGAGGCUAUGAAGAUAUUAACCAAAUUGGAAGAAGCUUGCGAUAAUAAAGAUUUAAAUGCAGUACUGGAACUUGCCGAUAAGCUAAGAUUAUAUUGUGACGCAAAACCUAAAAGGCUAUUGCCGGAAAAAGAUGAGUAUCUCCAGCAAAGUUUGAUAUAUAUUCGUAAAGCAUUUUAUUAUCUCAACAGACUUAAUAAAGAACAAAGUAAGUGGGAUCAAGAGAAACGUAUCUUGGUUUCUAUGGGUCAACCUAUCAGUAGGAAGCCCUCCGGAGAUUCUGUUAUAAGCCAAUACGACCUUGGCGUGUUUGAUAUAAAACAACAAUUAGAAUUUUUCGAAAAACGUUUGGUUACAGCUGAAGCACCUCUAGAAAUAUGUUGGUGUUAUCAUGAAUUAGCCAGAUUCCAGAUGUUGAAUAAACGAUAUGAAGAAGCCAGAAUCUAUUGUAAAAAUGGUAUAUUAGAAGCACAAGACCACGAGGAUCAAGUUCAAUGGCUUUUUAAUCUUCACAUGUUGAUGACAAGAAUAUGCAUAAGAUACCAAAACAAAAACGACGCUCUAUUAUCGUUACAAAACUGUAUGAAUGUAGCCGAUCAGAUAAAAGAUAAGGACUUGAAGAGCUACAUUCGUCGAUGCACUGAAAUCAUAAAUGACAUCGAGCUUGAUGAUGAAACAGGAGAAAAGGUUAUUGAAAAACGACAAAUGAAGAUUUUAGCCCUCAUGGCCAACGACAAGAUCAAAGAAGAAUUCUCUCAUCUGUUUAGAACAAUGGCAGCUCAACCAUCUAGCAGAAGAAUGAAUUUGAUGGCAGGGGUACAAAUGAAGGGUAAACGUACUGAUCAAUCAUCCGUCAGCGAUUCUAUAGUACGAACAAAAUCGAGAAGAGGAUCCGAUUUUCCUAGUAUGUCAGAAACUACUAAAGGAGCGAACUUCAUGUCGCUAGUGCAAUACCAUCUUCCAUAA